AUGGCAGACGUCCCUAUCCCUGAUGGCUCAGCACCAGGAGCCCCAUCACCCAGGGAUUAUGAUGCGCCACCAUUAAGUGCUGACUCUAAUGGACAGCUCGGAGCUGCCGAAGUCCGUUCAGGCCCUCCAGCGAUGACAGAAGAGAUGAAAGCACGCUUGGACAAAGUCAUUUAUUCCGAUAUAGGUAUCACGACAUUGUUGACGCGAUUGAAGCAAAGUGUGGCAUCUGCUAAGGAUUUCUCCGCCUUUCUCAAGAAACGGUCAUCUUUAGAGGAAGAGCAUGCUCAGGGAUUGAGGAAACUGUCCCGCUCUCUGCACGAUGCUGCCUUACGCCCCGACAACCGUCAAGGCACCUACGGCCAUAGCUACAACGACCUUAAUCGGUUCCACGAGCGUAUGGCGGAUCACGGUCUUCAGUUCUCGGUAUCCUUGCAGCAGAUGGCCGACGACCUCCACGAGUUAGCCAACAAUAUCGAAAAGGGGCGCAAGCAAUGGAAGCAAACUGGAUUGAGUGCAGAGAAAAGAGUGAUUGAGGCGGAGGCGGCAGCAGAGAAGGCAAAGGCGAAAUACGAGUAUCUGGCGGAGCAGUAUGAUCGCGUGAAGACGGGGGAUAAGCAGAGUGGGAAGUUUGGCUUGAAGGGACAUAAAUCCGCUGCCCAGCAUGAAGAAGAGCUGCUGCGCAAAGUGCAAAAUGCCGAUGGAGAUUAUGCGACCAAAGUUACUGCUGCACAGGCGGCUCGCCGAGAAUUGAUCUCUACUCAUCGGCCACAAGCUGUGCACAACAUUCAACAGUUGAUUGCAGAGUGCGACUCCGGCCUGGCCUUGCAAUUACAGAAGUUCGCGACAUUCAAUGAGAAGCUACUCUUAGGUCAAGGUUUGUCCAUUACACCUUUGGAUGACGGUACCGGCGGUAGUGCCAUUGCACCAAAGAGUCUCUAUGAGGUGGUCCGUCAAAUCGACAACCAGAAGGACUUCCAAGAUUUUAUUCUUAGUUACGAACAUAAUCCUGGUGCGGUGACUUCGGAUCAGAUCCAAUACCAGCGCCAUCCAACUCUUGGAGGUACAUCCGCUCCCGCUGUUGCGGCCUCUCAGACCAGCACCCAAAACAAGCGCCAGUCAGCCGUGUUUCCUUCAUUCUCCCAGCAGAACGUCCCUAGUGCUCAACCCUCUCCAGCCCCUGCCCCGGUCACCACCCAAACUCAUCAGCCAUUGCCGUACCAGCCGCAUCCUGACUCGUUCUCAUCGCAAUCACCUUUCCAACCACCCUACCCGACCUCUUCAGGGCCGCCUGUUCACGAACAGCACAAUGUGAAUAAGCCGCCUAUGACAGCACCGAGCUCCUUACCACCACCUACAACUAACUUCCAACAAAAUCUACCACCUCUGAAGCCGGUAUUUGGUGUUUCCCUAGAGGACCUAUAUGCCAGAGAUGGAACUGCUGUGCCCUUGAUCGUUUAUCAAUGCCUCCAGGCUAUAGAAAUCUUUGGAUUGGAUAUGGAAGGCAUCUACCGUCUCUCGGGAAGCGCCAAUCAUAUCAGUCAUAUGAAAUCACUUUUCGACAAUGACUCGUCGCAGGUGGAUUUUAGAAACCCCGAGAGCUUCUAUCACGAUGUCAAUAGUGUUGCAGGGUUGUUGAAACAGUUCUUCAGGGAUCUGCCCGAGCCUUUGUUAACUUCGCUGUACUAUACGGAUUUCAUCAAUGCAGCGCGGAUUGAUGACGAUAUCCAGCGUCGGGAUUCACUCCAUGCACUUGUAAAUAGCCUCCCGGAUGCGCACUAUGCCACACUAAGAGCUCUAGUAUUGCAUCUUAACAAGAUUCAAGAACAUUAUACAAGUAAUCGUAUGAAUGCCGGAAACAUCGCCAUCUGUUUUGGACCUACUCUUAUGGGUGCUAGUUCUGGCGGCAACAUCGCCGAUGCUGGGUGGCAGGUCCGCGUUAUCGAAACAAUACUUGUGAACACCUUCCAGAUUUUCGACGACGACGAUUAG